AUCAAGCCCGCUAACCCAAAUUCCGUAUAAGUUCGGGAAUUACCUUCUCAUUUAUAGUGCGUUAUUUUCGUGCGGCCAAGACAAACUUCUAUUCUUAUGUUCGUUCAGAGAUUCUCGUAAUGAUACUACACGGUUACAAACCGUGUGACUAACGUGAUAAAUAAACUACGAUAUUACAUUUUACGACUAGCCGUUUAGGUAUUUGCAAUCAAUAUCGCGGAAGGCGCUUUCGAUUGUGUCGCGUGUGUUUUUCGCGUUGGUUCAGCAGGGUCAGCGUGACGGUUUGUCCCUUUGCCGUAACCCACUACGAAAUUAAAUAUGGCGUUCACUUUAAGAAAAGUUGCCAUCACUGGCGUCACCGGAACGUUAGCUGCUUCGAUAGCCGCCUACUACAUGUUAAAAGAAGAGGGCGACAGUAGAUGGGCAAUAGUAAAGGCACAGGAAAGUGUGCCACGAAAGGUUAAACGCACCCUCCCGACAAGGGAUGACCAAAUCAGAUCCCUGCAGACGGAUAGUUUUGAUAUUGUAAUUGUCGGUGGUGGCGCGACCGGUGCCGGAUGCGCAUUAGACGCGGUGACAAGGGGAUUGAAGACGGCCCUAAUUGAAGCUGACGAUUUCGCUAGCGGAACUUCCAGUCGAAGCACCAAGCUCAUUCACGGUGGCGUUCGUUACUUGCAGAAGGCAAUCAUGCAAUUCGAUAUUGAACAGUACAGAAUGGUAAAGGAGGCGUUGCACGAAAGAGCCAAUAUGCUAAAUUCCGCACCUCACCUGGCGCAUCCCUUGCCGAUCAUGUUACCAGUGUAUCAGUGGUGGCAAGUUCCGUACUACUGGUUUGGUAUUAAAAUGUACGAUUUAGUUGCUGGAUCAAAAACAGUCAAAAGUUCAUAUUUACUGUCAAAAAAAAGUGCGCUUGAGCUAUUUCCGAUGUUGCGUGGCGAUAAACUUGUAGGUGCAAUUGUCUACUACGAUGGACAACAAGAUGACGCGAGAAUGAACCUGGCAAUCGCACUCACUGCAACAAGGCAUGGCGCAACAGUAGCUAACCACGUGACCGUCACAGGUCUCAGCAAGAGUGCCAAUGAAACCGGAAAGCAAGUACUAUCGAGAGUUCACGUUAGAGACGAACUAACUGGAAAGCAAUGGUCAAUCCCAACGAAAUGUGUUAUCAACGCAACCGGGCCAUUCACGGACUCCAUUCGCAAAAUGGACGAUCCGACGGUGAAGGAAAUUUGUAGUCCUAGUAGCGGAGUUCACAUCGUUCUUCCAGGAUACUACAGUCCAGAGCAGAUGGGUUUGCUUGAUCCGUCAACCAGCGAUGGACGCGUGAUUUUCUUUUUGCCUUGGCAAAGGCAGACAAUAGCCGGGACCACAGAUUUGCCUUGUAAAGUAACGCACAAUCCGAAGCCGACCGAAGACGAAAUUACCUUCAUCCUUUCGGAGGUGAAGAAUUAUUUAAAUCCCGAUGUUGAAGUGCGUCGUGGUGAUGUCAUGUCUGCGUGGAGCGGUAUUCGCCCACUAGUAUCCGACCCAAAUAAGGGUGACACACAAUCUUUAGCUAGGAAUCACAUAGUGCAUGUAAGUGAGUCGAACUUGGUUACAAUAGCCGGAGGGAAAUGGACAACUUAUAGAUCUAUGGCCGAAGAAACAAUAGAUGCGGCAGUUAAAGCUUGUAAUUUACAACCAACAAGCAAGUCGCAAACGGAUGGACUGCUCAUUGAAGGCGCUCACGGUUGGACACCUACAAUGUAUAUUCGAUUAGUGCAAGAUUUUGGACUGGAUUGUGAGGUAGCCCAACACUUGGCAAAGUCCUAUGGAGACCGCGCAUUCGCCGUAGCAAAAUUAGCAGCACUGACAGGGAAACGUUGGCCCAUUAUCGGUAUUAAACUCCAUCCCGAGUUUCCUUACAUUGACGCCGAAAUUCGUUACGGUGUAAGAGAGUACGCGAUGUCCGCGAUUGAUAUGAUCGCCCGCCGAUUGCGAUUAGCAUUCCUAAAUGUGCAAGCCGCCGAAGAAGCGCUUCCUUACAUUAUUAAAAUAAUGGGGGAGGAAUUAAAUUGGUCAGAGGACGAAAAGGCGAAACAGUUGAAAAGCGCAACGGAAUUUUUACAGAACGAAAUGGGUCAAACGGUCAAUCGAGCCAGUCGAGAUAAAAUUCCCAUAAAUCUCACAAAGGAUGAAAUUCAAUUGUAUAUCCGUCGGUUUCAACUCAUUGAUAAGGAUCGCAAAGGAUAUGUUUCUAUCAAUGAUAUACGCAGAGGGCUGAAAGAAGAGGGAGAAAAAGAUGUAUCUAAAGAGGAACUUCACGAAAUUCUUAGAGAAAUAGAUACAAACAUGAACGGUCAAGUUGAACUUGAUGAAUAUUUACAGAUGAUGUCUGCUAUUAAAUCAGGCCAUGUCGCAUACUCGCGCUUUGCGAGAAUGGCAGAAAUGGAAGAGGAAAAGCAUGAAAGAGAAAUGUUGAAGAAGAAGAUAUCGGUUGAGCGCAGUGGAGGUGGCUUGUAAAUUGAUGAAACUUGUUAUAUAUUUACAAAAAUUACUUAAACCAAUGUAAAUUAUUUAUUUUUCAGUAGUACAUACCUAUAUUAGUA